UUUGCCAACAAAGCGAAAAUUCGGCAAAGCUUUGAAUCAAGGCUUCACGAAACCUCUCUCUCUCUCUCUCUCUCUCUCUCUCUCUCUCUCAUGGCGAUCUGGUACCCUAACGGGCUUCUACUCACCAUCCUCGUGUCUUUCCUCCUCCGUGUGGCCUCUAACGAUGAAGGCUUCGACGUUCGUCAGCACCUAUCCACCGCCACAAGCUAUGGUGCGGCAAAGAGUGUGAAUUUGGGUGUUCAUGGAUCAGCUGGGAUCCCUAAUGGAUGCAGUGCUAUCCAUUUAAAUCUCGUGGCAAGGCAUGGAACACGCUCUCCCACCAAAAAGCGCAUCAAAGAAUUGGAUCAGCUGGCUGUUCGUUUGGAUGAUCUUCUGAGAGAAGCAAAACUGGAAGCAGACAAGGGAAAGUUAUCAUUGCAGAAAAUUCCUGCCUGGUUAUCAGGAUGGCAAUCCCCAUGGAAGGGAAGGAAGAAAGGUGGGGAACUUGUAAUUAAAGGCGAGGAGGAAUUGCAUGACAUCGGAAUAAGAACAAGGGAAAUGUUUCCAGAAUUGUUUUCUGAUGAAUAUCACCCUGACAUAUACCCAAUAAGGGCAACCCAGGUUCCUCGGGCAUCUGCCAGUGCUGUUGCCUUUGGCAUCGCUCUAUUUUCUGGGAAAGGGAGCCUUGGACCUGGGAUGCAUCGUGCUUUUUCUGUGAUUAGUGAAAGCCGUGCAAGUGAUAUUUGGCUCCGAUUCCAUGAUACUUGUGAAACGUACAAGGAGUUCAGAAAAAGUCAGGAGCCUGCUGUUGAGAAGCUUAAGGAACCAAUUUUAGAUGAAAUUGCUGUUGCAUUGGUCAAACGGUUUCAGUUGAACUUUACAAGGCAGGAUAUUGCUACACUCUGGUUCCUCUGCAAACAGGAAGCAUCUCUGUUGGACAUUAUUGAUCAAGCUUGUGGCCUCUUCACCGCCUCGGAGGUUUCUUUACUUGAGUGGACUGAUGACUUGGAAGUAUUUCUAUUGAAAGGGUAUGGUAAAUCAAUAAAUUAUCACAUGGGAGUACCAUUACUCGAUGAUGUUACUCAGUCAAUGGAACAGGCAAUUUUGGCCAAGGAAGAAAAGCAUAAGCCUGGAACAUAUGAGAAGGCAAGGCUCCGCUUUGCUCAUGCUGAGACAGUUAUACCAUUUACGUGUCUUCUUGGCCUUUUCCUUGAAGGAUCUGAGUUUGAGAAAAUGCAAAGGGAUGAACCACUUCCACUUCCUCCAAAACCUCCUCAGGAUAGAAAUUGGAAAGGAAGCAUCAUAGCACCUUUUUCUGGAAAUAAUAUGUUGGUUCUCUACCAUUGUCCCAGCAAUGAUUCUUCAGUAACUGUUUCAUCUGGAGGUUACAAAAGCAAGUACUUUGUCCGAGUUCUGCACAAUGAAAGUCCUGUUACUAUGUCGGGCUGCGGCAACACUGAUUUCUGCCCGUUCGAGUUGUUCAAGGAAAAAAUUGUGAAUCCUCAUCUGAAGCAUGACUUCAGCUCAAUCUGCAGCGCGAAGUUGGAAUCACCAAAGCCUCAAUCCUUCGUACGCAAGUUAUUGAAUUUCUUCGGCAAUCCAUUCUCCUUACAAUCAGAAUCUAAUCCAUCAACAUUAACAGACAAGUGAGCAAGGAUACUCCAUCUAUCUUGCAAUUCUUCAGCUCUGAUUGACAUGCCCCUGGGCAUUCAAGAAUCACAUUUUUGUUUAUGUUUUUUUCCCCCACAUGACACAUGAAAGCUCUUUUUUAUUUUAUUUUUGGUUGUGUAACAACAUGUGUUUCUUAGAUUAAUGAGGGGCUUUUCUAAGGUAGCCUUUCAAUUUGUUGUAUGUUGCUAAGCAAGCAACUGUUCUGAUGAAUGUUUGUCACUUGGUUGUGAAUCUUUGAUCAAUGCCUUGACUUCUUGAAUCA